GGUAGACGCCCUGAAAAGGCAAAGCUAUAGUGAUUACUGAGGAGUAGAGAUAGAACAUAGAAGGAUAAGGUGAGGAUAAUCCGAAGAAACGGUUGUUUGUGUGAAGUUGUAAACAAUGUUAGCUUCUUCUUCGCUCUCCUUCCUUCAUUCUUCAUUCGCAAUUUCACCGCCAAAUCCCAAACCCUCUCUCCCCUUUCCUUUCGCCAUUGAAGCCAAAACCAGGACCCGCAGGGAAGACAGAACCGCUCGCCACACUCGCAUCAGAAAGAAGGUUGAAGGGACACCGGAGAGGCCGAGGUUGUCGGUGUUCCGCUCCAACAAGCAUCUCUCCGUGCAGGUCAUUGAUGACUCCAAGAUGUGCACGCUUGCUUCCGCUUCCACCAUGCACAAGGCCGUGGCUCAAGAGUUCAACUACACUUCUGGCCCUACAUUGGAAGUAGCAAAGAGGAUAGGUGAGAUCAUUGCCAAGUCUUGUUUGGAGAAGGGGAUCACAAAGGUGGCCUUUGAUCGAGGUGGAUACCCUUACCAUGGCCGUGUUCAAGCACUUGCUGAAGCAGCUCGUGAACAUGGCCUAGAUUUCUAAACCAAUGACUUUGUUAUGAUCCAGUGGCUCCUAUUCAUCUAUCAAAUUCUUCUUAGUUGAAGACUGUUUUCCUCUAAUCAUCCUUAAAAUGUAAGCUGUGAUUAUAUUGUGUUCAACUCUUACCAUCACUAGUGUUAGACGAACACUAUAACAAGCCAAAGCAGGAAGGACUAAGGAGAGUGAUUCAUUUCAAGCUACUGCUAUACUGUUAUAGAAUACAUGUAAUUUGAAAUUCAGGUUAUCGCUCAGAUUAGUCAGUAGUGUAUAUAUGAAUUCCCAGAACCCCCCUUUGUCCAUUUAUGCUAAAAUGGCCUAGAGAGUUGAGACAUGAAGAAUCACAUAAAAUGUUGUCUCUCCAGGGGAAUUAUCAUCAAAAUACAGCUGAACACUUUGAUGGAAUAGUCCGAGAGCCAUAUUCAACCCAAUCUGCUAUACUUUCCUUCACAAGAUCAUCAUCCUCGGAUUGGCAAUAUAUGGUCGCGUUUAUUACCAUGA